AAUCUUCCCAAUUAUCAACCGAAGCUUUCAACCAUGGCGAUUCUCCCUCUUGUCCCCCUCUCUCCCUCUCUCUCUCUAUAUAUAUAAGUAUCAUCGCCACUUACACAUAUAUAACUGCAGCCUCCCUUGCAAAAGGUUAGGCUUGGAAAUCUCGCUGUUCGCUGAUCUCUCUGAUACAUCCUCUCUCCAUCUCCGUGUUAGCAUUUUCUUCCUAAUCAUCUGUGAUUCGUAUCAAAAAAAUUGAAUCUUCUGUGCUUUGACACAGAACUAGCUUCGUCGCACUGUGAGUCGACUUCGAAGGGGGCUUCCGAAUGGCCGAUGAAUCGAAGAAAUGGGUGUUGAUGGUUACGGCUCAGACGCCGACCAAUAUAGCUGUGAUCAAGUACUGGGGGAAGAGGGACGAAAGCUUGAUCCUGGCCGUCAAUGAUAGCAUCAGCGUGACUCUGGAUCCGGAGCAUCUCUGCACCACCACCACUGUGGCUGUGAGCCCUAGCUUUGAUCAAGAUCGAAUGUGGCUCAAUGGCAAGGAAUUCCCCCUUUCUGGUGGUAGAUAUCAGAGGUGCUUGAAGGAACUUCGCUCCCGUGCUAGUGAUGUUGAGGUUGAGAAAAAGGGCAUUAAAAUCACUAAAAAGGAUUGGGAGAAUCUCCAUGUGCAUAUUGCUUCUUAUAACAAUUUUCCUACUGCUGCGGGUUUGGCUUCUUCGGCUGCUGGUUUUGCCUGUCUUGUUUUUUCCCUUGCAAAGUUGAUGAAUGUAAAAGAAGAUCCAGGGAAGCUUUCUGCUAUAGCAAGACAGGGUUCAGGGAGUGCUUGUCGCAGUUUGUAUGGUGGAUUUGUCAAGUGGGUCAUGGGAAAAAAUGAUAAUGGAAGUGACAGUAUUGCUGUUCAACUUGCUGAUGAGAAGCAUUGGGACGAUCUUGUUAUUGUUAUUGCUGUGGUAAGUUCUCGGCAGAAGGAAACCAGUAGCACUACAGGAAUGCGUGAUAGUAUUGAAACAAGUGUGCUCUUACAGCACAGAGCUAAGGAAGUAGUACCUAAACGCAUUGUUCAAAUGGAAGAAGCCAUAAAAAACCUUGACUUUCCAUCUUUUGCCCGGUUGACUUGUGCCGACUCUAAUCAGUUUCAUGCAGUCUGCCUAGAUACAAGUCCCCCUAUAUUCUACAUGAAUGAUACAUCCCACAGGAUAAUUAGCUGUGUUGAGAAAUGGAAUCGUUCAGAAGGAUCACCUCAGGUAGCUUAUACUUUCGAUGCUGGGCCUAAUGCAGUUCUAGUUGCCAAAAAUAGAAAGGCUGCUGCCCUUUUGCUUCAGAGGCUGCUUUUCCUGUUCCCUCCACAGUCAGAUGCCGAUUUGAGCAGUUAUGUUCUGGGGGAUAAGUCCAUACUGCAAGAUGCCGGGGUUAAGGACAUGAAAGAUGUGGAAGCUUUGUCCCCUCCUCCAGAGAUUAAGAACAACAAUCCCUUACAGAAAUACAAGGGUGAUAUCAGUUACUUCAUCUGCACAAGACCUGGGAGAGGUCCAGUUCUACUGUCUGAUGAAAGCCAAGCUCUACUCAACUCGGAGACUGGGUUUCCCAAGUAAAGAAGGCAGUGCAGUGGGUUGAUGUUUUCUCUUCUCAGGCCAGAGAAUUUCUUUGAUCAUGGGGAUGCAUUCCUCCUUGUUUGAUUUACAGGGCAGUAAAUGGCAGUCUUUAAGUUUACUCUGAAACCAAUUAGAGCCAAAUUGCAGUUCUUUUUUCUCUUACUUUUUGAGCCUCUUGCGUUUGUGUCCAGCUGAGGAUUAUGUAUCAUCUUCUUUAAUGCAAAAAGGAAUAACUUGUUCUUCCACUGAAUCAA